AUGAGCCAAAGACCGACGGGGCUUAAGAUCGACAUGCCGGAGUCAUUUUCCGACCAGAUGGCCAAAGCGAAAAAGUACGGCAAUCUCGGCGCCAAUUCCAGUGGACCGUCGUCUGCAGGGCCUAUGAGAACGCCUUCAUGGGGUAUUCUCAAUGUGCCCGAGCUGCUGAACGACUUCCACCACCACACACUUGAGAGCAAGCUGGACCCGGUAAAGGAGGGCUAUGAUGAGGCUCUGCCGAUGCGGAGUCGGAGAAGAACUUUGGUGAAUGGAGAGAUCCGCAACUCUGAGGACCGAGAAGAAGCGGCUGUGGAGCUGGACACGUUGAAACAGGAGUGCGAUCACGUUAUCCACAACCACGACUGUGAUUUGAACGAACCCAGAAUUCCGGUUUACGAUCCUCUGGGUCAUAUCCAUGACCAUACUCACGACCACACUCACGACCACAUUCACGACCACAUUCACGACCACAUUCACGACCAUACUCAGGACCACAUUCAUGAUCACAGCCAUGCCCAUGCUCAUACACACGACCACAAGCAUACCCAUGAUGGUCACGAUCAUUCUCACGAUCACAACCUCACCAAUACACAUACACAUACUCACGACCAUGGAAGUUGUUCUCACGGUCAUGGACACAGCCACAGCCAUGAUCCCAGAGAGAUACCCGAUCUGCAAAUCCACAUUCCGCCACUGUCAUCAUUACUACAGUCAAUUCCGUCGUUCAUCUCGCUGCCGACCUCGUUGUUGGCAACCUCGCUUCUUUGUCUCCAGCUCAAUGUGCUCUCGCCUAUUGUUUCUGCACUGCUGGUGGCAGGAUGCACGACUUUUUGGGCGGGUGUGUUCCGUCUCUUUGGAAUCAAGCAUACUAUCGGCACAAGGAAGGGAGCUCGAAAUACCGUGGUCCUGACGGCGGGGAUCUUUGCUCUUGUCAUUUCGGCCAUCUUUCUAGGAACCACUCGAGUCACUGCCAUUGUUUUCGUGUCCUUGAACGUCCCUCUCAAGAAGGUCCCAGAGUGGAGAUCGUCCUGGCAGUACCUGGUGUAUCUGCUCAUUUCGAUUGCGCACGAUGUCGUCGUGGAGGGAGGCCCUCUCCUGGACUUUGCAAUCGGAUAUCUCGCUCUUGGUGUGGCUGUCUUUGUUCUUCAGCAGAACCUUGAGACUCCAAGCUCUCAGGCUAUCCCUCUGGGUCUGCUCAUCACAAUUCCCACCGCUCUCUUUGUGUCUCUUACAAUCGAGCAGAUCAUCCUGCUUGUUGUCGCUUGUGGCUCUUGUGGUGUGUUUCUUAUUGCCAAGCGAGACUUGCAGCCCAACCGAAUUAACGGUGUCUUUUCGUCCCUUAUUGGCUUCACUCUGGAUCUGUCCAUCAAGUCCCGUGCAACUCCCUCCGAGGCUCUUGUUUGUGGAUUGUCCAUCUUCGUUCCCACUCUGGUUUCGGAAGAUGGAGAGGACGCUUCCGAUAAGUCUAUCAAAAAGCGACCAGGAUUAAUCGACUCGAUAAUCAGUCACAGCGAUACACGAAACAUUUUCUACUUUCUGCUGCUCAAUUUCUCCUUCAUGUUGAUCCAGCUUCUCUACUCCAUCCUCUCGCACUCUCUGGGUCUCCUGUCCGACUCCAUCCACAUGUUCUUCGACUGUCUCGCUCUCAUGGUGGGUCUUGUUGCCUCGAUUCUGUCCAAGCUGCCCCCCUCGUCCCGUUUCCCUUACGGUCUGGGCAAGGUGGAGACUGUCAGCGGAUUCACAAACGGCUGCCUUCUGGUGGCUAUUGCUGGAGGAGUGUGUAUCGAGGCCCUUGGGCGUAUUUACAAUCCCGUUGAGCUUGAGAGAACUGCCGAGCUCCUUGUUGUCUCUGCACUGGGUCUGCUAGUGAACAUUGUUGGCAUUGUUGUGUUCAAUCACGGUCAUGCCCCAGGUGAGGAGUGCUCCCACGGGCACAGCCAUGGAGGACAUGACCAUUCUGAGCACAACUCCAACACCUAUGGUAUCUACCUGCAUAUUAUGGCCGACACUCUUGGAUCGGUUGGAGUGAUUAUCUCAACUAUCCUCACGUGGUAUUUUGGCUGGUCGGGUUUCGAUCCUCUGGCUUCUAUGCUUAUUGCUAUUUUGAUUUUCCUGUCUGCUCUACCUCUUGUGAGCACGGCAGCCAAGACUCUGCUUCUGUCUCUGACAGACUCGCAGGAGUACACGAUUCGAAACAUCCUGAACGACAUUUCUGUCAUGCCGGGAGUUGCUUCAUACGAUGAGCCUCGGUUCUGGAGCGAUGGAGGAGCCGUUCGAGGCACAAUUCACGUCAAGUUGCAGCAGGAUGCCAGUUCCAAGCAGGUGAAACAGACCAUUCUACAGCGGAUGCAGCAGGAUCACGUCAAGGAUGUGUUUAUCCAGAUUGACGCCUGA